AUGCCCCUCCCUGCUAUUCUCUCCCUUCCGAAUGAGCUCUUCCUCGCGAUAUCAGAGGAUUUUUCUCCCAGCCAGCUGCUAUAUAUUCACCAUACAAACAAACGACUUAAUCGCCUCUUUAGGGAUCAGUUUAUCGACGCCCUAAUCUCUGAAGACGGCCCUCACGGCGCCCUGUUCUGGGCCAUCGCCUUAAAAGAUCAAAGCCUUGUGGAGACAGUGCUUGAACGCUGUAAGGAGGGGGUCCAUGUGGCCGUCGAUCACAUAGCUGUUGAGCCGCCACUCCCGGUGUGCGGAAGAGAUAAGAGACUAGUAAAGUUCAUUAUGGACCUGAACGUCGCACUGGAGGUCCGAGAGGGGGGUACAACCAUUGGGCCGCUGUUGUGGGCGGUCAGGAACGGAAGAGCAAGGUUGGCACGGAUGUUAAUAACCAAUGGCUUUCAUAUCGACACCGGUGACUGGGGGUACCCCCCUCAUCUUUCUCAGGCAGAACCUCACAAAACAAUGGUGGACGAAGCGCUGCUCGAAGCUUGUAGGCUUGGAAUCGAGGGCGUGGUGAGGAUGAUGCUGGAGCCCGAAAUGGACACGGAUAUCGAAGCGGUCGGAGCAGACGGGCUGCGGCCGCUGCAGAAAGCUGUUGUCAACGACCAUUUAGGAGUUGUCAAAAUCCUCCUCAUGAAUGGGGCGAAGGUGGAAGCAUGCGCGUACAAGUUCUUAGAGCCCUAUUGUGCCAUCGACAUGGCGAUCAAAGGGAACAGAGUAGCCAUGUGGAAGCUGAUGCUAAACUACGUGAAUGCUGAGUUUUACGACUAUCAAAAGCGACCCGCGCUCCUGCUCGCCGCCGCGACGGGGGAUAUGGCACUUGUCCAGUACUUGCUCGACAAGGGCGUAUUCCUGGCCGAAGUAGACGUCAACGGCCGCACAGCACUCCAUAUAGCUGCAAAGAAGGGAUGGUCAGAUAUCUGCAAGGUUCUGAUGGAGGAGGGUGUAGACACCGAGGCCCGCGACCACCAUGAGCGGACAGCGUUACAUGAAGCCGCGGCGGACGGGGCUGAAGCGAUAAUAGAACUUUUGAAAGGGGGCGCCGACGCAACAGCGGCUGAUUCUUGCGGGAGGACGCCGCUGCAUUUGGCAGCGAGGAAUCAGUUUGCCACAAUGGACGACAUCGAUGCGUUGAUAGAUGCAGGGGCGGAGAUGGAUGUGAACGACUUGAAAAAUAGAUCGCCGAGGGGGGAUCUGGCGACAAUGGCAUCACCCAGGAUGCGCAGGCUGAGGCCGAGGGUCUAG